CCCAAAGCUAAAAGACAAGAAAUGACCGAGAACCCCAGAGAAUUAUUUUGGACACUGACAGGUCAACUCUUGGCCAAUUCCUGGAACAUAGUACGAAACUCAGGUCAGAUCAUCUCUGAAAACCGAUAGUUAGACUUGGAUCUACCCCCUCAUUUAAAUCAUUGAUUCUGAGUUUACCUUAAAGAAUUCUGAGUUCUUUUUUGUUUCUUUUGUCUGAAAAGAAGAAAAAUGCACUGUAAGGUAUCCAAUAGUAUGGUUUCAAACAUGGUAUUUCGAACACGAAUCUCUUCAUUGUUGAUCUCCAUGUUCGCCACUAUUGCUUCUUUUUAUGUGGCUGGCAGAUUAUGGCAGGAUGCAGAAAACAGGGUUUAUUUGAUAAAGGACCUUGAUAGGAUAAGUGAUCUGGGACAAUCCGCUAUAUCAGUGGAUGAUACUUUGAAAAUCAUAGCCUGCAGGGAACAACAGAAGAAAUUAUCUGUUGAGAUGGACCUUGCUGCAGCUACUAGAGGGUUUACUUCAAAGCGUUCAUCAGAUACUGAUGGAGCUGUAUCAAAGAGAAGGCCACUUAUAGUAAUAGGAGUUCUAACAAGAUUUGGACGUAGGAAGAACAGAGAUGCAAUACGGAAGGCAUGGAUGGGAAGUGGUGCAACUUUGAAGAAAAUGGAGAAUGAAAAAGGCAUAGUUUCAAGAUUUGUCGUUGGAAGAAGUGCAAACCAUGGGGACAGUUUGGACAGGAGUAUUGAUGAUGAAAAUAGGCAAACAAAUGACUUCAUCAUUCUUGACCAAGUGGAGGCACCUGGGGAGCUUCCAAAGAAGACCAAAAUGUUUUUUGCUCUUGCUGCAGACAGAUGGGAUGCUGAGUUUUAUGCAAAAGUCAAUGAUGAUGUUUAUAUAACUAUCGAUGCCUUGGGAGCUACACUUACAUUUCAUCUAGACAAACCUCGUGUUUAUAUUGGCUGUAUGAAAUCAGGCGAAGUUUUUUCUGAACUGAACCAUAAAUGGUAUGAACCAGAAUGGUGGAAGUUUGGUGAUAAAAAAUCAUACUUUCGCCACGCUUCAGGUGAAAUGUAUGUCAUAUCAGGAGCUUUGGUUAAAUUUAUUUCAAUAAAUAGAUCUCUUAUGCGCACCUAUGCCCAUGAUGAUGUCAGUGCUGGAUCCUGGUUUAUAGGACUUGAUGUCAAACACGUAGAUGAAGGGAAGUUUUGCUGCUCGUCUUGGUCAACAGGAUCUAUUUGUUCUGGAGUUUGAAUUUAUUUACUGAUACUGGAAAGUAAAUAUAAACCUGAUGCAAUGUGAUAGGAUGUAUUUUAUUUCCGAACAGUCAGUCUGCUCAAUAUGAAUUUGAUACAGAAAGAAUUGCGUCUCAAAUUUUGAUUGAGGGCUUCUUGCUUGGACAAUAGAAGUUGUCUUGACCUCCAUUGGAGAACCCUUUAGAGCAGAGUUUGAAAAUGACACAGUGAAAGGCUCAUAGAGUUAAUAAUAGUAGUUUAAGAGGGUUAAAUGAUUCCUUCUUCCAUUUAUUUCUUCUGUAGACUUCUAAAAUGUGUAAGUUAAUUCAUUUAUUAAGAGAAGACGUGUGAUUUAUUCUUAAGUUGAUAUCAUUUGGAUUAACCAAAUUCUCACAUCUUUCUUUCACAUGUCCUGAGCUUGAAAUUUAACCAUCCAAAAUUAUAUUUGGAGACGGGCCAAUAGACAGUAACUUAUAAAAGUAU